CAACUCUUUCAUCUCCACACACUCUCAUUUAUCUCCUCCAACAUUAAAUUAAAACUUGUACCCACACACUCUCUCUCUCUCUCUCUUUACCAAAAGAAUCACCAAUGGCCAAACAAUAUCUCUUCCUAAUCCUCACAAUCUCAUGCCUCUUCUCGCUGGAGCUCACCGCAGCCUCACCCGUCAGAGCUUCCAACAAGGCCAUAAGCUUCAUCGAAUCCUCUUGCAAAACCACAACAUACCCAGCCUUAUGCGUCCAGUCCCUCUCCGUCUACGCAAACAACAUCCAAACAAGCCCUAAACGCUUAGCCGAGACCGCACUAGCCGUGACAUUGAGCAGAGCUCAAUCCACGAAGCUCUUCGUCUCGCGUAUCACACGUAUGAAGGGACUUAAGAAGCGCGAGAUCGAAGCCAUCCAUGAUUGUGUCGAGGAGAUCAACGACACCAUUGACCGUUUGACCAAGUCUGUCCAAGAACUGAAGCUGUGUGGGAGUGCCAAAGGUCAAGAACAGUUUGCCUACCACAUGAGUAAUGCUCAGACUUGGACUAGUGCCGCUCUCACCGACGAGAACACUUGCUCCGAUGGGUUCUCCGGUCGGGUUAUGGAUGGUCGGAUCAAGAACUCGGUUCGGGCUAGAAUCGUCAACGUGGGCCACGAAACCAGCAACGCCUUGUCCUUGAUUAAUGCUUUUGCUAAAACCUACUAAUUUAGAACUAUGUUUUGUAAUGUAAAAUAGAGAUAAUGUAAUGUGUUGCUUGGCUGCUUGUUACGCGUUUUAUGUGAUAUAUGUUUUUCGAUUUUAGUUAGUUUCUUUUUGUUUUGUAUGUGGUUUAUAAUAAUAGUAUUCGUGUGCGUAUUUUGAGCUAUAAAAA